GGGAGACCUUGCCGUCCGUUGGUCCCCUCUGUCCAUUGCUUGGUCGUUGAACUCGUUUGACUGGCUGAACGCCCUCGAUAUGCUCGACUUGACGAAGAUAACGAUGAAGAGGGUGCUUGCGGCAGCACUGUUGGGUUCUGGCGCGGUGGUGCGCGCAGAGUGUCCCGAUUAUACGGAGUAUGCGCAGAGCCCGCAUGGCGACCCGUCUGAGGGCGCUUUGGGCCUACCGUAUAUGCGUCCGGAUCCGGCGUGCAGGACGUUCAAUAGCUCGGCGGUGGAGAAAGUGAUUUCGGACAUGAAGCAGCUUAUCAAGGACCCGGAUCUGGCGCGUCUGUUCGAGAAUACGUUCCCGAAUACGCUCGACACGACCGUCCGCUACUUCAAUGCUACCGAGAACUUAUCGUUCAUCAUCACUGGAGAUAUCACUGCGCAAUGGCUUCGCGACACUGCGAACCAGUUCGCCCAUUACGCUCCCCUCCUCUCCAUCGACGAGGACCUCGCUACCCUCGUCAAGGGUGUCAUCAACAACGAGGCGCGCUACGUUGCUGAGUACCCUUACUGCGGCGCCUUCCAGCCUCCGCCGGAGAGUGGGCUAGAGCCUUCGUACAACGAGUGGGCGGAUGGGGUGACGGUGAAUCCGCCUGUGGACAACACAACGGUGUUCGAGUGCAAGUACGAGCUCGAUUCGCUCGUGGGCUUCAUCAAGCUCUCGCGGUCCUACUACAACGCUACGAAGGACGCGUCUAUCAUCAACGACAACUGGAAGGCCGCCAUCGACCAGAUCUUCCGCGUCAUGGACGAGCAGUCGCAAUCCACGUUCGACGACGAUUGGAACUACAUCUCGUACUAUAACUGGACCGGCGGGGGUGGUGCUUUGUCCCCGCAGGUGUUCAACGAUGGGAACGGCGAGCCGAAGAAGUAUACGGGGAUGGUUGGCACUCACCACCGCCCGUCCGAUGAUUUGAGCGUCUUUGCUUUCCUCACCCCAGCGAACGCGAUGCUAAGCGUUGAGCUGGUGCACUUGGCUGACCUGCUCGACGAUGCGGGUCAGCUUGCGAACGUGAGCGAGUCUGCACGCAAGUGGAGCUCGCAGAUACACGAUGCGAUUUACAACUAUACGAUCAUCGACGAUGUCUUUGCUUAUGAGACCAACGGGUUUGGUGGACGUUUUGUGAUGGACGACGCGAAUGUGCCGUCGCUGCUUUCUCUGCCGUACCUUGGUUUCAUCGACAAGGCCGACACUGCUUAUGUGAAGACAAAGGAUGUGCUGUUGUCGCGGCUCAACCCCUACUACGCUGAGGGCAAGAACUUCUCCGGUGUCGGGGGUCCGCACGUCAACCCAUACGCACCUUGGCCUAUGUCCCAGGUUUCCGCGAUCUACGGCACUGACGAUGACAGCGAGAUCCUGACAAGGCUUCAUACCAUUAUGAACACCACUGACGGAUUGGGGCUUAUUCAUGAGUCUAUCUCGGUGUACAACGUAUCCGACUGGACCCGCCCGUGGUUUGCAUGGGCGAAUAGCUACUUUGCCGAGAUGGUCCUCGAUCUUGCACAACGCAAGCCGGGCCUGAUCUUGGUCAAUGAUACGAGCUAUACGCCCGGACAGUGAAAUUUUCUUGCAUGUUCUGUUACAUGAAUACUUGGUAGUUACUUCAUGAAUGUUAGGGACUCCGGCCAAUUUGUGGCACCGGGGCUGUUUGCCUUU